ACGCUCUCAACCAAAUCCCUUGAGCCCUCAUCCUUUCGCAGCCGAUUCCCGACGCAGCCCUUCGUCUCCGACCCCAAGAGAAAAUAUGAGUAGGCGUUCGAGCCGGACCCUCUAUGUGGGGAAUCUCCCUGGAGACAUCCGCGAAAGAGAGGUCGAGGAUCUCUUUUACAAGUAUGGGCCAAUUGUUGGUAUUGAUUUGAAGAUUCCUCCAAGGCCUCCCGGCUAUGCUUUUGUUGAGUUUGAGGACCCUCGUGAUGCUGAAGAUGCAAUUCGUGGUCGUGAUGGAUAUAAUUUUGAUGGUCACAGACUACGAAUUAAUAUGCAGGUGGAGCUUGCGCAUGGUGGGAGAUCUCAAUCUUCCUCAUUUGAUCGUGGUAGCGGUCAUGGUGGUGGUGGCCGCCGCGGUAGCAUUUCUAGGCGCUCAGAGUAUCGUGUUUUGGUGACUGGUCUACCUUCUUCUGCAUCAUGGCAAGAUCUAAAAGAUCACAUGCGCCGAGCUGGUGAUGUUUGUUUCUCUGAAGUAUUUCGUGAGGGUGGAGGUACUAUAGGUAUCGUAGAUUAUACAAACUAUGAUGAUAUGAAGUAUGCGAUUCGGAAGCUUGAUGACUCGGAGUUCCGGAAUGCAUUUUCUCGGGCAUAUAUAAGGGUGAAGGAAUAUGAUGCAAAGCGUAGCUUAUCUAGGAGCCGAAGCCGUUCCUACUCAAGAAGCCCCAGCCCUAAGCGCAGUCGCAGUUACAGCAAGAGCAGAAGCAAGUCUCCGAAGGCAAAGCCGUCACGCCGUUCAUUGUCGAGAUCUCGCUCCCGAUCUGUUUCUUCUCGUUCACGUUCAGGAUCGAAAGGGCACCCCUUGUCAAGAUGUGGGCAUAUGCGGCGAUCUGGGGAUUGCAUGUUAGGCUUUGAUGAUGCCAUUUGCCUACAACUCUUUUUGGUUGCUUGAGAGCUCAGUGGGAGCAGAAAUGCUUUGGAUAAGGGAACUGGAUUUAUGUUGGAAUAAAAUGAAGUGGGCACAGCGAUCAGUCAUCGAAAGUAAUUAGGAGUUUGCGCUAAGGACUCUUGCUUGGACUUUUGGUGGUAUAAUCAAAAUGUCACUCAUGCUUACAAGAACCACAAAUUCACUGUUCUCUAGGCUCAUCUGGAAGGCGUUGAGGCUUUUGGAUCCAGCUGUUAAGGCAGCGUACUGGAUUAUUGAAUUCGCUUGUUUCUGGAACUUUUUGCAGAUCCCGUUCAAGAUCCCAGCAACCUAAUGGCUCUCCCCAGGCAGAUGCCCCAUGAAGUGAAGCCUUAGCAGGUGGAGGAGUUCAUCAAUGGUCCUGAUCUCCUGCCGUAGAAUCUGAGUGAAGCUUUCAUGUUCGAGUUUGCAAGAUGCUUUGUUAGAGAGAACUUGCCUAGGUUCUUUGGGUCUUUCUUAUGUUGGUGGAUAAUUUAUGGAUUCUCUCUUUUGUUGUCAAUUAAUAGCACAACCAAACUCCCUUGUUAAACUAUUCUAUGUCGGUACUGUGACAGUGGUUAUGCUACUUAUGUCUCGGAGAAAUGUGCUAUGUUAACUUUCUAGGCAUUAUCCACACUAUCAUAAUUGCGUCUGUCUUUUCUUGGUACAACAAUCAACCUAUAUUUGUUUGUAUUC